AUGAAGUACCUUACCAGCUCACUUCUGCUGCUGGCAGUAGUAUCAGCAGCACCACUCAAGGAUAUGCAUGAUCAAGACAUAUCAAACCACUCCCCAGCCGCUGCAGCUUUCAGAAAGACAUUCCGCACCUUCAUCAGACGUACCGAUGCAGACGUCGACAAGUUCAUGCUCAAAGCCCAAAGAACCACGGACGAAUUCAUAGAAGCCGCAACGACCUGGAAGCGGAACGCACAAGAAGCCACGGAAGAAGCCACAGCCGCUAUCGCUGUAUCGAACCGAUCGCUGCAGCUGCGGAAAGUCAUCGAGGAAGAAGACGUUGAUGCUUUCCUCAACAGAGAAUAUGCGAGAGCGGAAGCAUCAUCUAAACACGCCAAAAGGCUGAGCAGAGAAGCGAAUGAAGCUGCUACCCUCGCUGCAACGUCAGAACCGCAUCCUCUCUCGCUAGCUUCCUUCGCCUCAGGGCUCCGUCGCUCCGCCGAUGCCGCAUCGGAGGAAGCACAAGAAGCAUUUGAUACUGUUGCAUAUGAUCUCAAAGUUCGAGCAGAAGACGAGUCCAUCGACCAGAUCGUCGAACGGGACCAAAGCGCAGCUGAGCUAGCGACUGUGAAGGAGACGAGGGCGAAGAGGGAGCUGUAUUUUGCGGAGAAGGAUCUGAAGAAGCGGGUGGCUUUCUUCGAGAAGGAGAAGAAACUUCGAGCUGAGUUCCCAGCAACUGCAAGUGUAGAUGAGAAGAUGGGUAGGAAAAGGUGA